AUGCAAUCUGGAGAUCUGGGCCGCACGGAUAUCUCCUUUAAUUAUCGACCGUGUGCCGAACGUGCUAGUAUCUUAUUUUUUGUAUUAAAUGAUCUUGGUAAAAUUGAUCCAAUGUAUCAAUUUUCAUUAGAUGCCUAUAUUGAUUUAUUUAAUACAUCAAUUAAAAAAAGUCAAAAAAGUACAAAAUUAGAAGAACGUUUAAAUAAAUUAAAUGAUUUUCAUACAUAUGCUGUCUACAAAUAUACAUGUCGUGGUUUAUUUGAAUCUCAUAAAUUAUUAUUUUCAUUUCAAAUGUGUAUAAAAAUUCUUGAAGCAGCUGGUAAAACAAAUAUGGAUGAAUAUCAAUUUUUUCUACGUGGUGGAAUUGUUCUUGAUCGUGAAUCACAAAUGGAUAAUCCAAAUCCACAAUGGCUUGCCGAUCAAUCUUGGGAUAAUAUAACAGAAUUAGCUAAAUUAGCAAAUUUUCAUGGUAUUAUUGAAUCAUUUGAACAAUAUCCACGUGACUGGUUUCAAUGGUAUCAAAGUGCUGAACCAGAAAAUACAACAAUGCCAGGAGAAUGGGAUUCUAUUAAUGAAUUACAAAAAAUGUUAAUUGUUCGAUCAUUAAGAUCAGAUCGUGUACCAUAUUGUGUUACAAAAUUUGUAGUAAAUAAUUUGGGAUCAAAAUUUGUUGAACCACCAAUUUUAGAUUUAACAAGUGUUUUUGAAGAUUCAUCACCCAAAACACCUAUUAUAUUUGUUUUAUCUCCAGGUGUUGAUCCAAGUAGUAAUUUAACAGCACUUGCUGAAAAAAUGGAUUUUAAAAAAAAUUAUAUACCUUUAUCAUUGGGUCAAGGUCAAGCACCAAUUGCUACACAAAACAUUGCUGAAGGAAUACGUUUGGGUCGUUGGAUCUUUUUAGCCAAUUGUCAUUUGUCACUUUCAUGGAUGCCCGAUUUAGAGAAAAUUGUUGAAAAUUUGUCUGUGGAAAAAGUUCAUCCAAUGUUUCGUUUAUGGCUCAGUUCAUCACCAAGUCCACAUUUUCCAAUUUCAAUAUUACAAAAUGGUUUAAAAAUAACAACUGAAGCACCGAAGGGUAUAAAAGCAAAUAUGAAACGUUUAUAUGCGUUAAUAGAUGAUGCUGAUUUUAAUGAUAAAUCACGUGUUCGUCCAGAAAAAUAUAAGCGUUUAUUAUUUUGUCUAUGCUUUUUUCAUUCAUUACUAUUGGAACGUAAAAAAUUUUUACAACUUGGUUGGAAUAUUAACUAUAGUUACAAUGAUUCUGAUUUUGAAACAUCAAAUUUAAUUAUGGGUAAUUUAUUACGAGAUAAUGCGAAUGAUGUAACACCGUGGAAAGCAAUGAAAUUUAUUAUAUCUAAAAUAAACUAUGGCGGACAUGUAACUGAUACACGUGACAUGAGAGUAUUAAAUACGUACAUUGAAGAUUUAUUCAAAGAAGAAAUAAUUGAUCCACAAGUUCAAUAUUAUAAACUGACAAAAUUGCCUCAUUAUUAUGUGCCAAGAGAUGGUUCAUUGAAUGAUUAUAGGAAUUCUGUAUCAACCGUUUUGCCAAAUACCGAUCAUCCAGAAGCAUUUGGUCAACAUCCAAAUGCUGAAAUUGCAUCACAAAUUAGAGAAACUAGAAUGUUAUUUGAAACAUUAUUAUCAUUGCAACCACAAGUUGUUGCUGUCAAAGGAAAAAAGACCACAGAAGAAGAAGUUAUGGAGAUGAGUACUCGUGUAUUAGAACAAUUACCGGAAAAAAUUGAUUAUGCUAGCACUGUGAAAAUCAUGUCCGAAGAUCAUACACCAUUAAAAAUUGUUUUACUACAAGAAAUUGAACGCUACAAUAUAUUAUUAGAUGUCAUACGUAACUCAUUGAUUGCUCUACAAAAGGGUAUCAAGGGUCUCGUGGUGAUGUCAAGCGAUUUAGAAGAAAUAUUUCGUUGUAUAUUAGAUGCUCGUGUACCAACACAAUGGCAAAAAAUGUAUCCAUCAUUGAAACCGUUAGCAGCAUGGACUCGAGAUCUCGUCCAACGUAUAGAACAAUUAGCGAAAUGGUCCGAAAGUGCCCAUCCACCAAUGAUAUUUUGGAUGUCUGGUUUUAGUUUUCCAACAGGAUUUUUAACAGGUAAAUCUGGAUAA